AUGCCUCUGGAGAAUGCAAAUGUGUGUUCUCUGAUAAGCUGCUGAGAAAGUGAAAUAGGCCCACAGCCCUUCCUUGGUUGUGGUUAAUGAAGUGCAUGUCAGUGCUAACUCACCCACACUCUUGAGAUGUAAUGUAAAUAGCUUGAGUUCCCCUAGAUAAGGUAAGGCAUUAGGAAACCUUUCUUCCCACAAUGCAAUGCAACAGAGCAGAAGAUCUUGCUUCAUAUAUAUGUAUCUAUUGUAGACUGGGCCGGUAAAUACAUUUCUAGGUCGCUCCUGAGAGAGUCAUUUCAGUAAGUGACUACCUACUCUGUUUUCUGAACAACAAACUAUACCAAACAGAGUCCCGUUGCCAUGGGGAUGGAGCUGCUGUCUUGCGGGCGUCUGUUUGGUUGCUGUGUCUGUGUCUGGAGGUUGAUUGUCUGGGGCUGGGCAGAGAGGCAGGUAUCAGCUCUGGGUGUAGGAGUGCCAUAUGUCCAUGUUCCCCUUAUUCACAAUGACAAGCAGGGACCACUUAACUACAACUGUUACAGUUUUUCUCGAUUGUUUACACACAUUUUCUGAAAGCAUGCCUCAUAUUCUCAGAACUCUACACACAAAUCAAAAAACACACACACAAUGGGCAAAACCCCUCAAUUCUCCAGCAAAAUGAAACUUUACAUUCAAAACAAUGUUAUUUCUUAUCACAAUGGUAUUUUAUUUUCAAAUGACACACAAACCAUCAUAUGAAUAGACAUUUAUAAGAACCAGUUGAACACUGAUGUGCUCAAUGUAAAACACUAUGAUGAAUGGAAAACACUUCUUCUCCAUUCAUCAUAAUGACUUUUGGUUCAGUGUUGCCAUUACUACAGACAGUACAUACAUAAGUGUGUUGUAAAAUAUUUGAGAAUAUUGUUUUUAUACUCCGAACACACGGUAACAAAUAUAUUUAAUUUUUCCCACAAAAACAAUGUACACAGUGUACAUCCCAUUCCCAACCAACACAAAGUUGCACAUACAGUGGUCUACAUACAAAACAGAAGAAUUUUAUGUAUACAGUUACAGUAAAAAAAAUUUUAAAACUAUGCUGCAUCCUCUCUUCUGUUGCGGUCUGGCCACAGCACCUCAUCCACAUCACAAGCAAUGUUUUGCCUGGCCAAGCAGCGGGGGAAAUAUCGCCUAGCAUGGUGAUUCCAGCCAUGAAAAGCAUCAGCUGCUAUAUCUCCACAUGCGUCUUCCAUAGCUUGGAGAAGAGGUACUGUAUACGCGUUUGUGGAUUUCGGUCAUACACUUUGGGAGGAAUGGAGAAUAUGGAGGGAGAUAAACAACUGAAAAGCGUGGGUGGGCAGUGAACCAGUUACGAACCAGAGCAGCCCUGUGGAAACUUACGUUGUCCCAAAUGACAACGUACCUGAGCUGCUCUGGGCCAUCUACCUGAUCUGGUGGAAUGAGUGUGUUGUGUAGGGUCCAGGAAUGUGAUCAGAUGGGCGGUGUUGUAGGGGCCAAGGGUAGCAUGGUGAUGGAUGACGCCGUGGUGGGUAAUCGCUGCACACAUUGUGAUGUUCCCUCCGCGCUGGCCAGGGACUUGAACAAUGGCACGCUGGCCGAUGAUAUUCCUUCCCCUUUUUCGUCUUUUUGUGAGGUUGAAUCCUACCUCAUCAAUGAAGAUGAACUGGUGCUCCACUGCAGCCACCUCUAGCUCAAGGACUCUCUGAAACACACAUGACAAUAUCAGAAAUAGACAUGGAGUGGUCACUAUUGUGAAGCACAAUCAUUAUGAUUACAAUACUGAAAUAUGUAUAAUUUAUACAGUGUUGAGAGUAUGCAUCAAUUGUGGGAUUGUAUAGGACUCACUUGCACAUAGUUAUAUCGCAAUUCUUUGACUCUUUCUGAAUUGCGUUCAAAUGGCACCCUGUAGACCUGCUUCAUCCUGAGAUUAUGUCUGCGCAAGACACGGUCCAGUGUCUAUCAAUAUUUUGAAAUAUCUCAUUGUUUUCUAUUAUUUUUCUUUGUAUUUGCCGUAAUGUUAUGGCGUUAUUUUCUAGGACCAUGUUCAUGAUUUCAGUUUCCUGUUCAGGAGACAGAACACGUUCCCGACCACCUUGUGUUGGUAAUCUUUCAGUUCUGCCAAACAAAUAGUAAAAUGCUGUAAAUACAAAGUAGAAAUACACUUCCCAAAUACUUGAAACAUACUUUAUUUUUACAGUCCUACAGAACAGUCCACAGGCAAUACUGUACUACUGUACUCAUUGAGUACUGUAUUGAUAUGCAGUACUGCAAUUUUCUAGUGAGAGUAGAUUUCUUACCUAUUCUCAUAUCGGAAUGUCCGGAUGAUGGAUGCUACAGUGUACCUGCUCAAAUUUGGCUGUACUCUUUGCCCAGCCUCCCUCAUUGUUAGACCAUGGUUGACCACAUGAUCAACCAAAGUGGCUCGGAUCUCAUCAGAGAUUACGGUCCUUGGCCUUCCUCGUCCUUGUCCUCCCCGUCCUCCUCCUCUUACUCUCACUCCUCUGGCUCUGCCUCUGUUUCCAAUGUUGGCAUCCAUUGCUCCAAAACAGAAGAGCUCACCUGUUGCCCUUUUAUGCUGAAGCUCUGAUUGCUAAUUGUAAAACUGUGUGACGGGUGUUUGCCCAUGUGAUAAGUCAGUGUGCAUAUUUGAAUGGCAGUGUGUUCAUUGUGAAAACAAGAGAUUUUCUGCAUGAAAAUUGUGCCAAAUGCAAAGAUUUGUGUGUAGUGUUUUGAAAAAAGUGUGUUGUAGAACUGCAAUUUGAGUGUAAAGCAGGAAUUGUGCUUGUAGUUUAGCAGAAUUGGUUCAGGGGGUUGGUGCAUGAGUUACAUGUUGUGGUCAUUGUGUCUCAAGUACCAGUAUUUGUGUGUAAACAAUUGAGAAAAACUGUAAGAUAAUGUUAAAUUGGCCUACUACCUUCUACAUAACGGUUAUGGUAAUGUUACAUAGGCCUACUACCUUCUACAUAACAGUUAUGGUAACGUUACAUAGGCCUACUACCUUCUACAUAACAGUUAGGGUAACGUUACAGAGGCCUACUACCUUCUACAUAACGGUUACGGUAACGUUACAUAGGCCUACUACCUUCUACAUAACGGUUACGGUAACGUUACAUAGGCCUACUACCUUCUACAUAACAGUUAUGGUAACGUUACAUAGGCCUACUACCUUCUACAUAACAGUUACGGUAAUGUUAGUAAUGAGCACAAAUGUGUACAAGGCCUUAGACUUCUAGUCUGCUACAUCAGUUGGUGAACCUUGAACCUUGAACCUUGAACCCUGAGAUAUGUCAUGCUAUAGAAGUCAGUGGUCACACAGUUCACUGGUUAUUGUUAUAGCAGCCAAUGAUAUUGAGUGGAGAAUGCUGUGGUCAUGUGGUGCGAUGGGCCAAAGAGUGUCUGAAUUAAGGAUGCACUCUGCCUCAUCACAGGAAGUGGAGGAAGACUAUUGAGCAUGCUACAUUGCUAAAAUCCUUUGUCUGUGUGAGUGUGUGUGUGACUGUGUGCACGUGCGCACGUCUCAACAGUUUUUAUUUUAGUUACUGCAAGUCACGACCCUGGCAGACACCUCUGGGUGUCCUAGACUCUGUCCGUUUAUUGGUCGAUAACAAUCAACCUUCUCUCACCGGAGCGACCAAUUUGGCUAAUUCACCCAAAUAUCCCACAGUCCUCUCUGGCUGUAUCAAUCAUGAGAGCAACCUCACCCCUGUUAACCCCAGUUUCUAAAAAUAGGAUUAGUCUUAAUGUGCAUGAUGAAGCGCAGCCCUUGUUUUGAAAUGUGCUCAACACUAGCGACACUUGAUGGAUGGAAUGGAGACUCGUUUUAUUGUUGUUUACGUUUCGCUUACAAUGCUAACAACUUUGACAAAGAAAAGUCUCCUGUCUAAAGUCUCAUAUCUACCCCAUUUGGUUUGUUUUUCUCUAGUUACCUGAUAACCUACGAUUCUAAGACAAUGGUUUUACUGUAAAUCCUCUGAAGGAGAGAAAGUUAAUAGAAGUCUGACGCACAUAAAUGAGAAAAACAGUAUGAUUCUUAGAAAUACAAAAUAGAGGUCAAGCGGGACAGACGGCAUUUGUCUGGUUCUCAUCAAACAAUUUAAUGCCAUCAGCUCUCAUAACUGUGUCUGUGCUCAGUUUUUAGGUACUCCUCCUAAGGCAUCUCUGUGUUUACAAUAUGCAUGUUUAUUUGACGCUGUGUGUGAUACUGUGUGGGGUGUGUUCCCUUGUGCAUACGCCUGUGCGUUCCACUGUUCUCACCAUCUUUCUAGUUGUUGAAGUGUGUGUGUGCGCGCCGGAGUGAGCACUGUGUGAGGGUGCAGAGGUUGCUGUUCAUUGUGAGAGCUGAGCCUUUUCACGAUACCCCACCCCACCCCAGACUCUUGUGAUGCAUUCCUUUGUAACGUCAAACACGGCACGCCGGCUGGGCUGCCAGGCAGAGCACAGGACGUCUACGGAGGGAGGGAUCCAGAGUGUUUGUGGGUGAAACGGAGAGAGAGAGAAAGGGAGAAAGAAAACAUGCACUUAUACUCUGAAAUAAACUGAAAGUGUCUGGAAAUAGCGGAAGGCUUACUUCCCUGUAACACGUCAAAUUCUUCCAUAAUUCUGACUCUCUCUGUCUUUUUCGCUGGACGUUGGGUGCUUGUCUUUCACCCUGAGGAUGCCCAUUUGGGCAGGGAAGGGGGAGGGCAUGGAGUCAGUCACAUCCUACCACAUGUUUGGCUUAUUUCAAGAGCUUCAACCUCUUCAUCUCACACGAGAGAGAGCAUAUCCACCACAACUCUAAGUAGACACACUUUGGACACACCUACUCAUUCAAAGAUUUCUCUUUAUUUUUACUAUUUUUUACAUUGUAGAAUAAUAGUGAAGACAUCAAAAUGCCAAGAGAGAAUGCCAAGAGUGUGCAAAGCAGUCAUCAAGGAAAAGGGUGGCUAUUUUUGGUUACUACACAAUUCCAUGUGUGUUAUUUCAUAGUUUUGAUAUCACUAUUAUUCUACAAUAUAAUUUUUUUUACAAAUAAAGAAUAACCCUUGAAUGAGUAGGUGUGUCCAAACUUUUGACUGGUACUGUAUAAUGAAGGCCUCUCAAUGCAGGUUGAUUGUACCUGACAUGUAUUGCCCAUGCAUAGCUUAGCUAACCAUCACAUGAAGGCAUGCAGGUAUAGAGGGCAGGAAAUACAGUGCUGUGAAAAAGUAUUUGCCCCUUUCUAAUUUUCUCUACUUUUGCCUAUUUGUGAUACUGCAUAUUAUCAGAUCCUCAACCAAAACCUAAUAUUAGAUAAAGGGAACAUAAGUGAACAAAUAACACAACAAUUCCAUAUUUAUUUCAUAAACAAAGUUAUGCAACACCAAAUUCCCCUGUGUGAAAAAGUAAUUGCCCCCUUACACUCAAUAACUGGUUGUGCCACCUUUAGCUGCAAUGACUCCAACCAAAUGCUUCCUGUAGUUGUUGAUCAGUCUCUCACAUCGCUGUGGAGGAAUUUUGGCCCACUCUUCCAUGCAGAACUGUUUUAACUUAGUGAUGUGUGGGUUUUCAAGCGUGAACUGCUUGUUUCUAGUCCUGCCACAACAUCUCAAUUGGGAUUAGGUCUGGACUUUGACUAGGCCAUUCCAAAACUUCCAAUUUGUUGCUUUUUAACAAUUUUCAUGUAGACUUGAUUGUGUGUUUUGGAUCAUUGUCUUGCUGCAUGACCCAGCUGCGCUUCAGCUUCAGCUCACAGACGGAUGGUCUGACAUUCUCCUGUAGAAUUCUCUGAUACAGAGCAGAAUUCAUGGUUCCUUCUAUUAAGGCAAGUCGUCCAGGUCCUGAUGCAGCAAAGCAUCCCCAAACCAUCACACCACCACCACCAUGCUUGACCUUUGGUAUGAUGUUCUUACUGUGGAAUGCAGUGUUUGGUUUUCACCAGGCAUAAUGGGACCCAUCUCGUCCAAAAAGUUGACUCAAGUUUGCCAAAAAGCACCUGGAUGAUCAUCAAGACUCUUGGACAGAUGAUUCAAAAGUAUAACUUUUGGACGACAUGGUUCCAGUAAUGCCUGGCGAAAACCAAACUCUGCAUUCCACAGUAAGAACAUCAUACCAAAGGUCAAGCAUGGUGGUGGUGGUGUGAUGGUUUGGGGAUGCUUACCUGCCUCAGGACCUGGACGCCUUGUUGAGUGUUGAGGAAAUAUUUAUUACUUUCUUCAUUCCCACCUUCCUUUGAGGCCAGUACCAGUAUGCGUGUACAUUAAGGCUGACCCCAAUUAGUCGACCGGUUGAUUGUUUGCCCAUUAAGCUGCUGGUUGACCGAGAUUGUUUUAGUCGAGCAGUAACAAAUAUAUAUACAGUAUUUGCGCCCAUCCCAGUGAACUACUCCAUUGCGGAGGCCUAGACUAAAAGCCAAUGUAUGUACCGCAUCACCAUGCGCCUCCCACAUUUUGUAACAAUGCGGUGGGCUCUGUAUAGCUCUGAAUAGCUCCGCAUUGACAUCCUGUAUAAACACAAAUUCACUUCCUUGACAACAGCUCUGCACUGCUCUGCGAAGCGCAAGAAGUAUGAAUGCCCUGACUUCUGCUGAGGCCAUAUCACCAUAAAUGCUGCAUGGUUAAUGCAGACAACGGAUUGACCAUGCGCCUAGAUGCACAAUGCACUUCUCUCUCCAGAAUGUGCUCUCUCCCGCCGAUUUGUGCACAUUCAUUGUUUCAUAACUUCAUUGUGUGAAUUGUUUGCAUUUGAUUGUUAGUGUAUAUCAAUUCCCCAUAACAUACAGUGCAUUCGGAAAGUAUUCAGACCCCUUGACUUUUCCCAUAUUUUGUUAGCUACAGCCUUACCCUAAAAUUGAUUAAAUUGUUUUCCCCCCUCAUCAAUCUACACACAAUACCCCAUAAUGACAAAGCAAAAACCGUUUUUUAUAAAUUUUUGCAAAAAAAAAAAAAAAAGGAAAUAUCACAUUUACAUAAGUAUUCAGACCCUUUACUCAGUACUUUGUUGAAGCACCUUUGGCAGCGAUUACAGCCUCAAGUCUUUUUGGGUAUGACGCUACAAGCUUGGCACUCCUGUAUUUGGGGAGUUUCUCCCAUUCUUCUCUGCAGAUCCUCUCAAGCUCUGUCAGGAUGGAUGGGGAGUGUCGCUGCACAGCUAUUUUCAGGUCUCUCCAGAGAUGUUCGAUCGGGUUCAAGUCCGGGCUCUGACUGGGCCACUCAAGGACAUUCAGAGACUUGUCCUGAAGCCACUCCUGCGUUGUCUUGGCAGUGUGCUUAGGGUCGUUGUCCUGUUGGAAGGUAAACCUUUGCCCCAGUCUGAGGUCCUGAGCGCUCUGUAGCAGGUUUUCAUGAAGGAUCUCUCUGUACUUUGCUCCGUUCAUCUUUCCCUCUAUCCUGAUUAGUCUCCCAGUCCCUGCCGCUGAAAAAAAUCCUCACAGCAUGAUGAUGCCACCACCAUGCUUCACCGUAGGGAUGGUGCCAGGUUUCCUCCAGACGUGACGCUCGGCAUUCAGGCCAAAGAGUUCAAUCUUGGUUUCCUCAGACCAGAAAAUCUUGUUUCUCAUGGUCAGAGUCCUUUAGGUGCCUUUGGGCAAACUACAAGCGGGCUGUCAUGUGCCUUUUACUGAGGAGUGGCUUCCGUCUGGCUACUCUACCAUAAAGGCCUGAUUGGUGUAGUGCUGCAGAGAUGUUUGUCUUUCUGGAAGGUUUUCUCAGCUCCUCAGAGGAACUCUGGAGCUCUGUCAGAGUGACCAUCGGGUUCUUGGUCACCUCCCUGACCAAGGUCCUUCUCCCCCGAUUGCUCAGUUUGGCCAGGCGGCCAGCUCUAAGAAGAGUCUUGGUGGUUCCAAACUUCUUCCAUUUAAGAAUGAUGGAGGCCACUGUGUUCUUGGGGACCUUCAAUGCUGCACAAAUUAUUUGGUACCUUUCCCCAGAUCUGUGCCUCGACGCAAUCCUGUCCUGGAGCUCUACGUACAAUUCCUUCGACCUCAUGGUUUGGUUUUUGCUCUGACAUGCACUGUCAACUGUGGGACCUUAUAUAGACAGGUGUGUGCCUUUCCAAAUCAUGUCCAAUCAAUAGAAUUUACCACAGGUGGACUCCAAUCAAGUUGUAGAAACAUCUCAAGGAUGAUCAAUGGAAACAGGAUGCACCUGAGCUCAAUUUCGAGUCUCAUAGCAAAGGGUCUGAAUACUUAUGUAAAUAAGGUAUUUCUGUUUUUUAUUUUUAAUACGUUUGCAAACAUUUCUAAAAACCUGUUUUCGCUUUUUCUUUAUGGGGUAUUGUGUGUAGAUUGAUGAGGAUUUGUGUUUAUUUAAUACAUUUUAGAAUAAGGCUGUAAUGUAACAAUAUGUGGAAAAAGUCAAGGGGUCUGAAUACUUUCCGAAUGCACUGUAUAUCACCAGUAGUACAUUUACCCUUAAUUCCUAUAAUUUCUAAUCUACAAUGUUUGUUACUUUGGUUCCGGUAAUUUAUUUUAAUGCAUUCAAUAUUAUUAUUCCCAUCUUCCCUUUCUCAUACUCGAAGUGGACAAAUUGUUUGCAGAGCGCACAACCUAUGCUACACUUGUGAGAAACAAGUUUUGGUUUAUUUCAUUCCAUUUACGAGUUUUGCCAAUUUAGUCAUUGUCUUUUGUUUGGCGCACUCCUGUCAAUGUUGAGUAAGGACACGCAUGCAUAGAAGUAGACCUAUAGGCUACCUGGCCUGCGCGCAAAUGUAAGCAUAUAAAUGUGCCCAUUUGGGGAUCUGAUAGUAUUUCUGAUUGGCUUAACACACCACCACUAAUGACCUGUGGAGCUUCUCAAAGUAAUGUUUUCUUCACCUUAUACAGCAAGCAAACAAAGUCUGUUUUUGCAUCCAUUGAGAAUGACAAUAAUUCCUCAAUGUAUUUGAAAAAUCUUUCCAGCUCUCUCCCUUUCGAUAACCACUCCGUGUGAAAGGGAAAAAUGUAAUGCUCUGCUCCAGUGGAAACGUCAUAAAAUAAAACUCAUUUUGGGUGCUGGUACUGUUUAUAUUUAGGUGCAGGAGCUCCACAAUACUUUUGAGCUAAUAUUCUAUAAGAGGAACAGGAGCUCAAGCAGUAGAACAUUUGAGGUGCAGGUACUCAGCUCAGGUGAGCUCCUGCCCAAGUCAAGCACUGCUUCUUAUCCCUUGCGCAAAUAGCCUACAGCUGUGUCUGUCUGUCCCGAGCUCACUGGCACAGGAAACUCUGAGGGCCCAGAAUAUUUUAUAGAAUGUUGCAAGUUCGCUAGUCAAGCCUCGGGCCAGACCCAAGUUAAAAGUUGAUACAAUGUUUGAAGUUCGUUGCAGACAGGCCAUGUGUAGCCAAUGUGAUUUAUAGGAUAUUUAUUUUUAUCAGGAUAUUUUCUACCUGCAGGCUGCAAUUUUUUUCUUUGUUGGCUUUAUGUAGGCUAUUUUUUAAAUAGUUGGCAAUGGCAAUAGAAGUAACUUUUUAGGUUUGUAUCAUUUCCAUUUAAAUUUGGAUAGAAUGUUGAUUAACCACAUGACAAUGAGAUAUGAAGAUGAACAUGAUGAUAUAAAUAAAUAAAUAAAUAAGAUAUAAAUAAAUAAAUAAAUAAAUAAGGAACGUUUUUACUUUACUAUGACUGUGAUAUGUGUUUGUUGUGCCUACCUUAAAUGCACUAACUGUAAGUUGCUCUGGCAAAGAUCGUCUGCUGCAUGUCUAAAAUGUAAAAUGUGAAGGAGGAUGUCUCAAUAAAAACGUCUCUCUUUCUUUCUUUCUUUCUUUCUUUCCUUUCUCUCUCCCAGUCCUCCUGGCCCAGCCUAUGGAGAAUGAUUGUAUGGAAGGGAUAACUCUGAAGAUCACAGACUUUGGCCUGGCACGGGAGUGGCAUAAGACCACAAAGAUGAGCACAGCAGGCACAUAUGCCUGGAUGGCACCCGAGGUCAUCAAGUCCUCCACCUUUUCCAAGGGCAGCGACGUUUGGAGGUAAGGUGGUUGGUGUGUGUAUGUGUGGUAAAGCAGUGCAGAAGCAAUAUCCAGCAAUAAAUAGCUACUUACCUCUACCAUUACAAAACUGUGUGUAUGUUUUGUAAUGGUACAAUAAGGGUUCAAUUAAAAUACAGAUAUAUGACGAGACUAUUUAUGGGCCAGGACUGUGUGUGAGUGUGUAGGAACUUGUCCUCCACCUUCUCUAACAGUGAUAGAAUAGAGGGAGACAGUGGGGAAAAAAAGUAUUUAGUCAGCCACCAAUUGUGCAAGUUCUCCCACUUAAAAAGAUGAGAGAGGCCUGUAAUUUUCAUCAUAGGUACACGUCAACUAUGACAGACAAAAUGAGAAAGAAAUCCAGAAAAUCACAUUGUAGGAUUUUUAAUGAAUUUAUUUGCAAAUUAUGGUGGAAAAUAAGUAUUUGGUCAAUAAGAAAAGUUUCUCAAAACUUUGUUAUAUACCCUUUCUUGGCAAUGACACAGGUCAAACGUUUUCUGUAAGUCUUCAUAAGGUUUUCACACACUGUUGCUGGUAUUUUGGCCCAUUCCUUCAUGCAGAUCUCCUCUAGAGCAGUGAUGUUUUGGGGCUGUCGCUGGGCAACACAGACUUUCAACUCCCUCCAAAGAUUUUCUAUGGGGUUGAGUUCUGGAGACUGGCUAGGCCACUCCAGGACCUUGAAAUGCUUCUUACGAAGCCACUCCUUCGUUGCCCGGGCGGUGUGUUUGGGAUCAUUGUCAUGCUGAAAGACCCAGCCACGUUUCAUCUUCAAUGCCCUUGCUGAUGGAAGGAGGUUUUCACUCAAAAUCUCACGAUACAUGGCCCCAUUCAUUCUUUCCUUUACACGGAUCAGUCGUCCUGGUCCCUUUGCAGAAAAACAGCCCCAAAGCAUGAUGUUUCCACCCCCAUGCUUCACAGUAGGUAUGGUGUUCUUUGGAUGCAACUCAGCAGUCUUUGUCCUCCAAACACGACGAGUUGAGUUUUUACCAAAAAGUUAUAUUUUGGUUUCAUCUGACCAUAUGACAUUCUCCCAAUCCUCUUCUGUAUCAUCCAAAUGCACUCUAGCAAACUUCAGACGGGCCUGGACAUGUACUGGCUUAAGCAGGGGGACACGUCUGGCACUGCAGGAUUUGAGUCCCUGGCGGCGUAGUGUGUUACUGAUGGUAGGCUUUGUUACUUUGGUCCCAGCUCUCUGCAGGUCAUUCACUAGGUCCCCCCGUGUGGUUCUGGGAUUUUUGCUCACCGUUCUUGUGAACAUUUUGACCCCACAGGGUGAGAUCUUGCGUGGAGCCCCAGAUCGAGGGAGAUUAUCAGUGGUCUUGUAUGUCUUCCAUUUCCUAAUAAUUGCUCCCACAGUUGAUUUCUUCAAACCAAGCUCCUUACCUAUUGCAGAUUCAGUCUUCCCAGCCUGGUGCAGGUCUACAAUUUUGUUUCUGGUGUCCUUUGACAUCUCUUUGGUCUUGGCCAUAGUGGAGUUUGGAGUGUGACUGUUUGAGGUUGUGGACAGGUGUCUUUUAUACUGAUAACAAGUUCAAACAGGUGCCAUUAAUACAGGUAACGAGUGGAGGACAGAGGAGCCUCUUAAAGAAGAAGUUACAGGUCUGUGAGAGCCAGAAAUCUUGCUUGUUUGUAGGUGACCAAAUACUUAUUUUCCACCAUAAUUUGCAAAUAAAUUCAUAAAAAAUCCUACAAUGUGAUUUUCUGGAUUUAUUUUCUCAAUUUGUCUGUCACAGUUGACGUGUACCUAUGAUGAAAUGUACAGGCCUCUCUCAUCUUUUUAAGUGGGAGAACUUGCACAAUUGGUGGCUGACUAAAUACUUUUUUCCCCCACUGUAUGUGCAGGAGGGUACAGCCAUGUGAUAGCAGCAGUGAUAGAAUAGAGGGAUAUGUUGCAGGAGGGAAACAGCCAUGUGAUAGCAGCAGCACUUCAUAGCCUGCUCUGUGCUUUGUGUGAGACGUGUCGUGCACACUGUCCUAUUGUUCACCAGUACGGAGAGAGUGAGAGAGUAGGGUGGAAGGCCACACUGCAGACCUGACCGCAGCCCUUUAUCUGUGAAGGGUGUGUGUGUGGCUGUGUGUGGCUGUGUGUGGCCAAGCACAGGAUGUACAUUCAAAAUGGCACUCCAUGGAUCCAACACACACAAAUGUCUCUCUCACACUCUCCUUGGACACUUAACUAUUCCCAAACUAGCUUUUUCCGUUUUAGCUUCAUAACAGACACUUUGCAUAUCUUAAUGAGAGGGUGGUGGAACCUGCUAUGAAAAUGAGGGGUAAUCUUGACCCCCCCCUAUUCUUUUUCAUCCAUCUCCUUGGUUACAUCCCAAAUGGCUCCCUAUUCCACAUAGGUAGUGGAAUGGCUCCCUAUUCCAAAGUAGUGCACUAUUUAGGGAACAGGGUGCCAUUUAGGAUGCAACACUUCACUUCUUCUUAAUCAUAAAGCUGUAGAUCUCAGAUGAUGAGGUAAAAACAGAGCAGUGGAGAGGCACAGUCUCUGUUGGAUGGUGUUAUUAAAGGACUAUAUCAAAACGCUGAAGGCUACACCCCCCACUUACAGGCAGCCUACAGGCCUUUUAGAGGAGUUUGUGUGUUGAUUGAAUGGAUGUAAUUGACAGUGUGGGAGAUCCAAGCACUUUGCCACUCUGAGGAUCGGCAACGUCCUGUGUGUGUGUGUGUGUGUGUGUGUGUGUGUCAUAUAUAUGGGGAAACCGUCCUAUCAUGUUUUUGUUGUUUGUUGUAGUAAAUUGUAAAAAAGUGUAUUGCUUUCUACCCUAUUUGUCUUUAUGCAUGAUGUUUUAUAGAAGCAUAAUGCACUUCCAUGAGCGCCAUUAUUGCAUAUAAAUAAAUGCAAAAUAAUAAUAAUAUAUUGCACAGUUAUCUUCCCUCCACUUCAGCUGUUGAUAUAAUUUGCAUGCUUUGUAUGUGUGAUGCUAUACGUACAUAAAACAAACCCCUCCUUGAGGUGCCCCAGCCAUUCCACAUAUUUGUUCCAACACUGGCACACACCUGAUUCAAUUUGUCAAGCAAUGACUUCUUGAUUAGUUCACUAAUUGAAUCAGGUGUGCUAAUACCAGAGACGGCGAGGAAGGGAGAUAUCCCACUUGCUGUUUUUUUCUGGUUCAAUGAAAGUCAAUGGACUAAGUCAGGGGUUCUCAAACCUCUCCUCGGGGACCCCCAGCCGUUCCAUAUGUAUUUGAACUAUUCCACAGCUCGCGCACCUGAUUCAAAAUGUCAACUAAUCAUCAAGCCCUUGAUUAGGUGAAUCAGUUGAGUUAGUUCAGGGCUACGACUAAAUUGUGAAAUGUCUUGGAGUCCCCGAGGAGAAGUUUGAGAACCACUGAACUAAGUACACCAAAUCCAGCUGCUAUUGCAUUGGUGUCUAUGGGAGACCCACCCCGUUAAGUAUACCGGAACUGACCAUUUUCUUCAAUGGCAAACAGCCUGAGGGAACCAUCUUCCUUUAUCCACCAUAUUUGCUAGUACUAGAAGGACCAGGGACUGGCUUGAUAAACUGCCCGAACCUUCCAUUGAAGGCUCCUUGCUCUCCCUCUCUCCUCCCCAGCUAUGGUGUUCUAUUGUGGGAGUUGCUGACAGGGGAGGUUCCCUACAGGGGGAUAGAUGGUCUGGCUGUGGCCUACGGAGUGGCUGUCAACAAACUCACCCUCCCCAUCCCUUCCACCUGCCCAGAACCCUUCGCCCAGCUCAUGGCAGGUAAGAGUCCUGUGUGUGUGUGUGCUCGUGCGCGCACUUGUGUGUGUUGAAUUUGGUGUUACCAUAAUGCUCUCUCUCUCUCUCGCUCUCUCUCUCUCGCUCUCUCUCUCUCGCUCUCUCUCUCUCUCUCGCUCUCUCGCUCUCUCGCUCUCUCUCUCUCUUUUUCCUCAAACCUGGAGGAGAAAUUUGUCACAUACAGAAAGAACACUGAGCAGCUGAUAUGUUGUGCAAUAUAUUUUGGCUGCCGUUCAUAUAUUUUCUGAAGGAUAUUGUUGGUUUGAGGUUGUUGUUGAUUUGCUGUGCCAGUUGUGUUGGUAGUGGUAAAGUUUGAUAAAAGCACAAAAGAAAAGUCACUGUCCCAAUUAUUGUCAUGGUAUCAGUCUUGACAAUGCCUUGUCAAAAUUCUGCUAAAAUACAACCAUAAUAGUUGGAGAGUUUGUGUUUGAAUUGUGUCAUGAUCUGAAUGCAAUCCUGCACUUAUAGCUAAACGUCCCAUGAUUAUGCUUUGGUAGUGGAGCAACUGUAAUUUGCAUGUUAUUAUAAUUUAUAUUAACUGAGUAUUUCUGCCUUGACAGAGUGCUGGGAUCAGGACCCACACCACAGGCCCAACUUUGCCUCCAUCUUGGUUCAGCUAACGGCUCUUGAAAGGCAGGUCAUGGAGGAGAUGCCUCAGGACUCCUUUCAUUCCCUACAGGAGGACUGGAAACUGGAGAUCCAGGACAUGUUUGAUGAGCUCAGGGCCAAGGAGAAGGUGAGGCAGACAGAGCCGGCUGUCUUUUCUAUUAGAGAGAGGCUUGGAGAGUAGGAUUGUAUGAUGAUUAUUUUGUGUGUUCGGAUGGUGCAUUUGUGAUGGGUAUGUAUGUAGGACUAUGAGUGUGCGUGUUUAUGCAUGUUUAUACAUGUUUAUGCAUGUUAUUACAUGUGCACUGAACAUUUUGUAAUGGUAUUUGUGUAAGUGUGUGUUUGCAUAGUAAAACAACAAUAACCAGUAAUAAGAUGGUAAUAACUCCAGGAGCUGCGUUGUCGCGAGGAGGAGCUGAAGCGUGCAGCGGUGGAGCAGAAGUCCCACGAGGAGUUCCUGAGGCAAAGGGAGCAGCAGCUGGCCCAGUGGGAACAGGACGUGUUUGAGAGGGAGCUCAGUCUGCUCAUCCUGCACAUGAACAACCAGGAGAAGCCCAACGUCAAGAAGAGGAAGGGAACCUUCAAGAAGCACAAGCUGAAGGGCAGCAAGAAUGGAGAGAAGAUCAGCAUGCCUCAAGGUGAGGGGACGGGGAUGAAACUUGCUUGGGAUGUCUUGAAAUGUCUCUCUACACAAGUUCCAAAAAGGUUAUUCGGUUGUCCCCAUAGGAUAACCUUUCUUGGUUUCAGGUAGAACCAUUUUUGGCUUCAGGUAGAACCCCUUCGGGUUCAAUGUAGAACCUAAAAGGGUUCUACUUGGAGCCAAAAAGGGUUCUUCAAAGGGUUCUCCUAUGCGGACAGCCGAAGGACCCCUUUACGUUCUAGAUGGCACCUUUUUUUCUUAGAGUACAGUGGGGAAAAAAAGUAUUUAGUCAGCCACCAAUUCUGCAAGUUCUCCCACUUAAAAAGAUGAGAGAGGCCUGUAAUUUUCAUCAUAGGUACACGUCAACUAUGACAGACAAAUUGAGGAAAAAAAAUCCAGAAAAUCACAUUGUAGGAUUUUUAAUGCAUUUAUUUGCAUAUUAUGGUGGAAAAUAAGUAUUUGGUCACCUACAAACAAGCAAGAUGUCUGGCUCUCACAGACCUGUAACUUCUUCUUUAAGAGGCUCAUCUGUCCUCCACUCGUUACCUGUAUUAAUGGCACCUGUUUGAACUUGUUAUCAGUAUAAAAGACACCUGUCCACAACCUCAAACAGUCACACUCCAAACUCCACUAUGGCCAAGACCAAAGAGCUGUCAAAGGACACCAGAAACACAAUUGUAGACCUGCACCAGGCUGGGAAGACUGAAUCUGCAAUAGGUAAGCAGCUUGGUUUGAAGAAAUCAACUGUGGGAGCAAUUAUUAGGAAAUGGAAGACAUACAAGACCACUGAUAAUCUCCCUCGAUCUGUGGCUCCACGCAAGAUCUCACCCCGUGGGGUCAAAAUGAUCACAAGAAUGGUGAGCAAAAAUCCCAGAACCACACAGGGGGACCUAGUGAAUGACCUGCAGAGAGCUGGGACCAAAGUAACAAAGCCUACCAUCAGUAACACACUACGCCGCCAGGGACUCAAAUCCUGCAGUGCCAGACGUAUCCCCCUGCUUAAGCCAGUACAUGUCCAGGCCCGUCUGAAGUUUGCUAGAGUGCAUUUGGAUGAUCCAGAAGAGGAUUGGGAGAAUGUCAUAUGGUCAGAUGAAACCAAAAUAGAACUUUUUGGUAAAAACUCAACUCGUCGUGUUUGGAGGACAAAGAAUGCUGAGUUGCAUCCAAAGAACACCAUACCUACUGUGAAGCAUGGGGGUGGAAACAUCAUGCUUUGGGGCUGUUUUUCUGCAAAGGGACCAGGACGACUGAUCCGUGUAAAGGAAAGAAUGAAUGGGGCCAUGUAUCGUGAGAUUUUGAGUGAAAACCUCCUUCCAUCAGCAAGGGCAUUGAAGAUGAAACGUGGCUGGGUCUUUCAGCAUGACAAUGAUCCCAAACACACCGCCCGGGCAACGAAGGAGUGGCUUCGUAAGAAGCAUUUCAAGGUCCUGGAGUGGCCUAGCCAGUCUCCAGAUCUCAACCCCAUAGAAAAUCUUUGGAGGGAGUUGAAAGUCCGUGUUGUUGCCCAGCGACAGCCCCAAAACAUCAUUGCUCUAGAGGAGAUCUGCAUGGAGGAAUGGGCCAAAAUACCAGCAACAGUGUGUGAAAACCUUGUGAAGACUUACAGAAAACGUUUGACCUGUGUCAUUGCCAACAAAGGGUAUAUAACAAAGUAUUGAGAAACUUUUGUUAUUGACCAAAUACUUAUUUUCCACCAUAAUUUGCAAAUAAAUUCAUAAAAAAUCCUACAAUGUGAUUUUCUUUUUUUCUUUCUCAUUUUGUCUGUCAUAGUUGACGUGCACCUAUGAUGAAAAUUACAGGCCUCUCUCAUCUUUUUAAGUGGGAGAACUUGCACAAUUGGUGGCUGACUAAAAACUUUUUUUCCCCACUGUAUGUACUCCAGCAUUUUGGAUUGAAGAUUAAAUGUUUGAGGUGACAGUACAGAAUGUCACCUUUUAUUUGAGGGUUUUUUCAUAAAUAUCUGUUUUACUGUUAAGAAAUGUAAGCACUUUAUAGAUCUAUUCCCCCCAUACUAUUAGUGAAUUUGUCCAAAUACGUAUCACACCUUGAAAUGGGGAGACAGAUAUGUAUGAAAAUACCCUCAAAUAAAAGUUGACAUUCUGUACUGUCAUCUCAAACAUUUAAUCUUAAAUCCAAAAGGCUGGAAUAUAGAGCCAACUUAAAAAUUUAAAUAAAAAGCAUCACAAAUACAUACGUAGAGGAAUUGGUCAUUUGGUUUAAUGGUUGCUCGGUCUGUGAGACGGGCAGGCACAUAGGCAGAGAAAGAGUCAGUCAGUCAGUAUACAGUACAUGUCAUUCACCUCAGCUCACCUCACACUCCUUCACUACUGUGUCAACUGAGUGUGCAGAAGAAUCAUAUACCCGUUAUCUGCUGUAGAUUCACUUUCUCUUGUAGACAACUCCCAUUGUCUACUGAUAAGAAACUCACCAUAGAAACAAACAUGCUGUACACUCAUCAUGCCUAAACAGAGGCACUCAGAGUUUCUCAUACAGAUACUCUCCCUCUUUCCAAAUGCACACAGACUUACUUUGUGUGUGUUCACUAGUGUGUGUGUGUGUGGAGGCUGUGGUCAGGCCAUUCCCAGCAGCAGGGUAGUGAUUUGAUGGGGGGUUGAUGAGAGGGACAUGGAGCUAACCCAACCACGCCUCUGGGCUUCCUGUCACUCCUGGCUGGCCCUUCUCUCGCUCUCUUUUUCUCUAUUUUUCUCUCUUUUUCUCUCGUUCUCUCUCUCUCUCUCUCCUCCAACUCUAACUUAUUUCUCCCUUCCAGCUAUAUCUCUCGUUCCCAGCUUUUUCUCUCUCACUCCCUGUCUCUCUCUCCCAGCUGUUUCUUCUUUUUUCCCCCAGCUCUCCUUUUCCUUCUUGCCUCUCUCUUCUUCUCUCCCAGUACUUCCACACCCAAGGUAUCCUACGACGCCAAGCUAGCCGAGGACAGACAUCCUUCAGGCCUGUUUUCGUUUACUUUGGCCUCACAAAUGACCAUUAUCUCUCACAAAUGACCAUAUUCUCUCACAAAUGACCAUAUUCUCUCACAAAUGACCAUAUUCUCUCACAUAAUACCAUAUGAUCUCACAAAUUACCAUACACUCUCACAAAUUACCAUAUUAUCUCACAUAUUACCAUAUUCUAAUGGCAUGAAAAGGAAAUUCAGACACCCAUGCCACCACAUAAAAUAAAUAUUUAUUUCCAAGGUAAACAAUCUUGUUAAAGAUUGUUAGUUCCUUUGUCUUUGUUUGAAUCUGGGUCGAGUUCAGUGGGCCACACUGUAGCAAAACACUUUUCACCUGUAAAAUCAAUGUGUUCUUAUUGGACGAAGCUAACGUAGUACCUCCCCGUUUUACUCUGUUUCAAAACGUUUCCUCCCUACUGAACAGGACCCCAAAUUUUGAUUUUAUGAUUUAUUUUCUGUCUGUGUGGUCUGGUCUCACAUCUAGUGUAUGUCUCUUCCAGACUUCAUCCAUAAGAUCACUGUCCAGGCGUCUCCAGGGCUGGAGAAGAGACGCAACUCUCCCGAUCUGGGCACCGGCACCUCUCCCUCCUUCGGCCCACGCUUCCGAGCAAUCCAACGUGAGUGUGGUCUACACACACACACACACACACACACACACACACCAUCCUUUUUUCACCUCUACACGCUCACUUCACUCCGCCCUUACAUUCUCUGUCGCUUUCCCUACAGACUUCCUCUCUCCCUCUUACACACCCUCUCACAACAAUACCUGUUCCAGUCCAAAUAUUAUCUCUUCCUUUCUUUUAAUCAUGGAUCAACAGUGUAUUUGCUUUAGCCUUCAGUUCUCUCUAUCUGCAAUGUCCUCUUUCUACCAGCUAGGGGAGUCUUUGCUCCAUGUCUUACAAUGACAAAAAUAAUCUCCUCAUCUUUUACAAGCAUGUGCUGUUACACAUUGCCUUUUUACUGAAUAAGAAACCAGCUAAAUUCAUUGGUCUCUGUGAGGCUGUGUGUCACAUUGCUAAGUAGGAGUGGAGGUUAACAGCACUGUUCUGGAGUCAGCGCUAAAGACAAAUUACAUUAUAAUGACUGUUUCCCCUUAGUGGGAGAAUACUCCCCAUAGAUCAGUUCCUAUUCUACACCUACAGGAAUUUGCUGUGUCCCAACAGACUUAAAGGGGUUUUCCCAAAAUGCCCAUAAAAUAGGCCUAACCACAAUGGUUGAGUUUAAAAGUACAAUUAAGAUCGCAAUUUAAUUUAUAUUACAUUUUUUAUUGGUUUAGCGGUUUCCGAAAACAUCUGUUUGAUUUAUUUAUGCGUUAAAAAGUGGGUUGGAUUCAUGCCUCUGUAAUCAUUCGUAGGCUUAAUGGUAAUUUUUAGGGCUCUGUGUGCGGUUGUCAUUAAAAUGUAUUUCCUUAUUUAGCGAACAUCUGUGCUAGCAAUGUCACGGCAGACAAUGACUUACUGAACCCAGGGGCCAUAUGGGUAGAAUUGUGUUAGCGCUUUAGCGUCUUAGCAUCUUCGCACUGUAUCAGCCCAUAGAGAUUGCAGCGAUGUCGUGAAUGACUAACGUGACAGCAGUUUGCAUCUCGGAGUCAGAACCCCCUUUGGGACGGGAAGACUGUUGUGUGACGGUGCUGCGAGAGCUGCUGAGUCAUGCAGUCAGUGUUUGUUUAACAUUAGCGUAGCUGAGUUAGCAUCUCUGGCCCAGAGGGGAUGAGAAAGUCUGCUGUAAGUGUGCAGCACCAGGUGGAGUCUCACUUCUAUUAUUGCCCGCUUUGAUCCCCCAUUUUCUGUCGCUCCCCCGCACUCCCCUCUCUUCCCAAACUUGUCUCUCUCUCUCUCUCUCUCUCUCUCUCUCGCUCUCUCUCUCUCUCGCCUCUCGCUCUCGCUCUCUCUCUCUCUCUCUCUCUCUCUCUCUCGCUCUCUCUCUCUUUCCAGUCAGCCCUAGUGAGAACAGCAGGGCGUUUGGUCUGAGCUCCAUGUGGCCCCUGGAGGCCCCUCCACACAACAAGCAGGCCAACGGGGACCGGCUGGGCCCCCACUGGAGGCCCCAGAGCCCAAAGAGCCCCAAGAGCCCCAAAGUCCUGCGCCUCAGCCCCCAGGAGAGCAGGUAGUAACCCCCUCGCCUCUCCCUUACACCCCUCUAUACACAGGGCCAGAUAUGAAUCAGAUAUGGAACAUUGUUUGGCACUGUAUUGGCUGAAGCAGAACUAUUGUGUUUUAAAGCAAUUUUGUAUGUUCCAGUCUUUCAAUGAGAGCCAAGCUUCUAGACAUGGACAGCAAUGAGAACGGAGAAUCCAAGGAUGACUUUGAGGAGUACAGACCCUCCACGCCUGCCCAAAACGGUAUGCUCUUCACCACUACCAGAGUUACUUUACCAUAUUCACACACACACACCACCACUAUCGUAACUAAUUGGGUCAUAGCUGAUUGUAAAUUGUGCUAAAUUAGUAUUCUGUAUGCAUGAGCUGACCAACCUACCCCUCUCCCUCUCCUCCCCAGGCUCCUUGGUGAAGGAGCCCCCAAGGCCUACUCUACCACAGGGGGACUCGGGCAGUGAGGAGGGGCUGGAGGGGGGCUCCCCGGCCGGCUCCCCCAGGCCUGAGCACCGCUCCCUGGGAGGCCUACUGAGGAGCACCCACCGGGCCCUACUGGGCGGAGGCUUCCUCCUGGCCUCUGUGGCCCUGGGACGACACCUGGACGUGCCCCACAUCCCCCCCAGGGUUCCCCCCCGGACUAACCCCCAGCCCCUGGACCACCACCACCUUCCGCAGGAGGUCACCAUCACGGCCCCCAAAAUCCCCUCCUCCUCAGACCCCCCGGUGGUGGAUGACCUAAUAACCUUCUCCAGCUUGGAGCACCUCCCCCGGCCCCUCUUCGACUUCCCCUGCGCCCUGCACGCCCCCGGGGUGAAGCCCCUGCCCCUCACGCCACCUCCGCCUCACCCACGGGAGAGGACCUGCCACAGGCACGCCCAGACCCCUCAAAGCCCUCAAAGCCCUCAGAGUCCCCAGACCCCCCGGAGCCCCUAUUACCAGGUCCAGAGGCAGGCUAGCCCAGCAGAGUGGGCCCCGUCCCCCCACCACACAAACGGGGAACCAGGCUGUGACGCCUGGGGCCAGGGGUCAGACAGGAGGAGGAGGUCCAGCCAAGGCCUGCUCUCUGCCUCUCAACUAGGUGAGUGUAUACGCACACAUGCACAAAAACAGACACAUGCAUGCAUGCACGCAACACACACACACCCCACCCCACUUCCCCCUACAGACUCCAGACAGGGGAUUUUUGUUAUUUACUCAUUACAAAGCAAAAACACACAUCUCACCCAUAUGCAUUGUGUGUGGCUUACGUAGCAGCAGCUCUGACACAGUUAUAAUGAUGCUGGAGCAGGAGCACAGUAAAGGUAAGAGAUUCUCACAGUGAGUUAAGGGCUGUUUUAAAGAGUUGCCCUCCGGGGCCAUUUUAUAUGCUAACUUCAUAUCUAGUCUUGUCUGUGUCACACAACAGUGUUCUCGCUAAGGAUGCCAUCGUAGAACUGCCUCGAGACCUUCAUCAAGCCUGUCUCUGCUUGUAAUACUGCUAAUAACUAUCAUCUUCAAAUCAAGCAACUCAUCACAAGAUGCACGUAGAGUCAAAAGCUACAUAAAACAAAUUACAAUGCUAUUACCGUAUACCGUAAUAUGUUACGUUUUAUUAGCGGUAAUGACCCCAAAAAUAACAAGUUGUUGUAAAGUUUUUGGCAGCAACUUGUUUGCAUAGAAGAAGAAAAAAACUCUGAACACUGCACAGCAAUUUGAUUGUACUCUCAUGGUAAGCUCAAUAUGGCUGUGUAAUUGUAUUUCUAUGAUUCUUUAGGCUGCAUCCCAAAUGGCACCGUAUUCCCUAUAUACACUGAGUAUACAUUUAAAUUGUACAUUUUCGUCAUUUAGCAGACGCUCUUAUCCAGAGCGACUUACAAAUUGGUGCAUUCACCUUAUGAUAGCCAGUGGGACAACCACUUUACAAUAUAUAAAAAAAAAAAAACAUUUUUGGGGGGUAGGGGGAGAGUAGAAGGAUUACUUUUAUCCUAUCCCAGGUAUUCCUUAAAGAGGUGGGGUUUCAAGUGUCUCUGGAAGGUGGUGAGUGACUCUGCUGUCCUGGCGUCGUGAGGGAGCUUGUUCCACCAUUGGGGUGCCAGAGCAGUGAACAGUUUUGACUGGGCUGAGCGGGAACUGUGCUUCCGCAGAGGUAGGGGGGCCAGCAGGCAAUGCCCUCGUUUGCCCUCGUUUGGGUGUAGGGACUGAUCAGAGCCUGAAGGUACGGAGAUGCCGUUCCCCUCACAGCUCCGUAGGCAAGCACCAUGGUCUUGUAGCAGAUGCAGGCUUCAACUGGAAGCCAGUGGAGUGUGCGGAGGAGCGGGGUGACGUGAGAGAACUUGGGAAGGUUGAACACCAGACGGGCUGCAGCGUUCUGGAUGAGUUGUAGGGGUUUAAUGGCACAGGCAGGGAGCCCAGCCAACAGCGAGUUGCAGUAAUCCAGACGGGAGAUGACAAGUGCCUGGAUUAGGACCUGUGCUGCUUCCUGUGUAAGGUAGGGUCGUACUCUGCGAAUGUUGUAGAGCAUGAACCUACAGGAUCGGGUCACCGCUUUGAUGUUAGUGGAGAACGACAGGGUGUUGUCCAGGGUCACGCCAAGGUUCUUUGCACUCUGGGAGGAGGACACAACGGAGUUGUCAACCGUGAUGGCGAGAUAAUGGAGUGGGCAGUCCUUCCCCGGGAGGAAGAGCAGCUCCGUCUUGCCGAGGUUCAGCUUGAGGUGGUGAUCCGUCAUCCACACUGAUAUGUCUGCCAGACAUGCAGAGAUGCGAUUCGCCACCUGGUUAUCAGAAGGGGGAAAGGAGAAGAUUAAUUGUGUGUCGUCUGCGUAGCAAUGAUAGGAGAGACCAUGUGAGGAUAUGACAGAGCCAAGUGACUUGGUGUAUAGAGAGAAUAGGAGAGGGCCUAGAACUGAGCCCUGGGGGACACCCGUGGUAAGAGCACGUGGUGCGGAGACAGAUUCUCGCCACACCACCUGGUAGGAGCGACCUGUGAGGUAGGACGCAAUCCAAGAGUGAGCCGCACCGGAGAUGCCCAACUCGGAGAGGGUGGAGAGGAGGAUCUGAUGGUUCACAGUAUCAAAGGCAGCAGAUAGGUCUAGAAGGAUGAGAGCAGAGGAGAGAGAGUUAGCUUUAGCAGUGCGGAGAGCCUCCGUGACACAGAGAAGAGCAGUCCCAGUUGAAUGACCAGUCUUGAAACCUGACUGGUUUGGAUCAAGAAGGUCAUUCUGAGAGAGAUAACAAGAGAGUUGGCUAAAGACGGCACGCUCAAGAGUUUUGGAGAGAAAAGAAAGAAGGGAUACUGGUCUGUAGUUGUUGACAUCGGAGGGAUCGAGUGUAGGUUUUUUGAGAAGGGGUGCAACUCUCGCUCUCUUGAAGACGGAAGGGACAUAGCCAGUGGUCAAGGAUGAGUUGAUGAGCGAGGUGAGGUAAGGGAGAAGGUCUCCGGAAAGAGGAGGGGAUAGGGUCAAGCGGGCAGGUUGUUGGGCCGCCGGCUGUCACAAGUCGCAAGAUUUCAUCUGGAGAGAGAGGGGAGAAAGAAGUCAAAGCAUAGGGUAGGGCAGUGUGAGCAGGACCAGCGGUGACAUUUCACUUAAUAAAUUAGGAUCGGAUGUCGUCAACCUUCUUUUCAAAAUGGUUGACGAAGUCAUCCACAGAGAGGGAGGAGGGAGGGGGAGGAGGAGGAGGAUUCAGCAGGGAGGAGAAGGUGGCAAAGAGCUUCCUAGGGUUAGAGGCAGAGGCUUGAAAUUUAGAGUGGUAGAAAGUGGCUUUAGCAGCAGAAACAGAGGAAGAAAAUGUAGAGAGGAGGGAGUGAAAAGAUGACAGGUCGGCAGGGAGUCUAGUUUUCCUCCAUUUCCGCUCGGCUGCCCGGAGCCCUGUUCUGUGAGCUCGCAAUGAGUCGUCAAGCCACGGAGCAGGAGUGGAGGACCGAGCCGGCCGGGAGGAUAGGGGACAUAGAGAGUCAAAAGAUGCAGAAAGGGAGGAGAGGAGGGUUGAUGAGGCAGAAUCAGGAGAUUGGAGGGAGAAGGAUUGAGCAGAGGGAAGAGAUGAUAGGAUGGAAGAGGAGAGAGUAGCGGGAGAGAGAGAGUGAAGGUCGCGACGGCGCAUUACCAUCUGAGUAGGGACAGAGUGAGUAGUGUUGGAGGAGAGCGAGAGAGAAAAGGAUACAAAGUAGUGGUCGGAGACUUGGAGGGGAGUUGCAGUGAGAUUAGUAGAAGAACAGCAUCUAGUAAAGAUGAGGUCAAGCGUAUUGCCUGCCUUGUGAGUAGGGGGGGGACGGUGAGAGGGUGAGGUCAAAAGAGGAAAGGAGUGGAAAGAAGGAGGCAGAGAGAAAUUAGUCAAAGGCAGACGUAGGGAGGGAAAAGUCACCCAGAACUGUGAGGGGUGAGCCAUCCUCAGGAAAGGAACUUAUCAAGGCGUCAAGCUCAUUGAUGAACUCUCCAAGGGAACCUGGAGGGCGAUAUAUGACAUGGAUGUUAAGCUUGAAUGGGCUAGUGACUGUGACAGCAUGGAAUUCAAAUGAGGAGAUAGACAGAUGGGUCAGGGGAGAAAGAGAGAAUGUCCACUUGGGAGAGAUGAGGAUUCCUGUGCCACCGCCCCGCUGACCAGAUGCUCUCGGGGUAUGCGAGAACACAUGGUCAGACGAGGAGAGGGCAGUAGGAGUAGCAGUGUUUUCUGUGGUAAUCCAUGUUUCCGUCAGCGCCAAGAAGUCGAGGGACUGGAGGGUAGCAUAGGCUGGGAUGAACUCUGCCUUGUUGGCCGCAGAACGGCAGUUCCAGAGGCUGCCGGAGACCUUGACCUCCACGUGGGUCGUGCGUGCAGGGACCACCAGGUUAGAGAGGCAGCAGCCACGCGGUGUGAGGCAUUUGUAUGGCCUGUGCGGAGAGGAGAGAACAGGGAUAGACAGACACACAGAAAAGGCUACACUAAUGCAAAGGAGAUCGGAAUGGAAUUAACUACACAUCUGGGGAAACGAGGCCUCCCUCACUAACCUUUCACUGAAACACUCAAAUACAACUCUUCCACUUUAGGAAUUAUAAUUGCUGUAAUCUACAGUAGUUCAAUGUUUCCAGGAAUAGACUAACUUAGUUUAUUCAGCUAGCUAACUUGGUACAGUAUUCUUCUGUGAAAACCGCCCAGUGCACCAUAUCCUAUGACGCCAUAGCUAACUAGCAUGCUAGCAUCCAAUAACACACGGUUUAGCACCAAUACUUGGUUACAACAAACUACCAAUGGAUCAUUCAUGUCCGUGUCUAGUUCCUUUCAUAACGCAGAAGUAAUUAAACGUUGGCUAGCUAGCACAAAGUCAGUCAUGCUAGCUACACAAGUGGACUACACAUCUCGAAUGUUCAGAAAGUGAAGCUUACGUUGCAAAAUUCUCAUUGACUAAAAUGAUAAAGUACUGCUAGCUGGUAAUGUUGGCAGCUAGCAGUGGCUGCGGUGUUGACUGUUUGAAAAUGUAGCUGGCUAGCUAACCUCGAUAGUUUCUCUAUACUACACCUUUGUCUUUGAUACCAAGACAACUAUGUAGCUAGCUAACUUUACACUAAUCAAAUCGUUCUGUUGAAAAGUAUUUAGUUGCUACAGUACUGCUAGCUGGUAUUGUAGUGUAUUUGACUGAGCCCGGUGAAGCACGAGGCUAGCUAGCUAACCCACUACCUGGACCAUUAAAGCUAGCUAGCCUCGUGCUUCACCGGGCUCAGUCGAAUACACUACAAUACUUACCUACAAUAACUACCUACAAUAACUACCUGGAUAAACUACCUACAAUACCUAACUACAAUACCUACCUACAAUCUAAAUGCAUGGUUUAAGCAGUGGCUGCGGUGUUGCUACCCGCUAGCUAGCUAGCUUUAAUGGUCCAGGUAGUUGGUUAGCUAGCUAGCCUCGUGCUUCACCGGGCUCAGUCGAAUACACUACAAUACUUACCUACAAUAACUACCUGGAUAAACUACCUACAAUACCUAACUACAAUACCUACCUACAAUCUAAAUGCAUGGUUUAAGCUUUACUCGACACAUAUAAAGAAGAAGCCAAGCUUACCUCCCCGCUUAGAGGAACACAACCUCACCCCAUCGCUCCUCAGUAUACCAAACAUUAGGAACUCCUUCUUAAUAUUGAGUUGCUGGAGUCAGAGCUAAAGACAAAUUACAUUAUAAUGACUGUUUCCCCUUAGUGGGAGAAUUCUCCCCACAGAUAAUGUCCUAUAACACACCUACAGGAAUUUGCUGUGUCCUAACAGACUUAAAUGGGUUUUCCCAAAAUGCCCAUAAAAUAGGCCUAACCACAAUGGUUGAGUUUAAAAGCACAAUUAAGAUCGCAAUUGAAUUUAUAUAAAAUAUUUUAUUGGUUUAGUGGUUUCUGAAAACAUCUUUUUGAUUCAUUUAUGCAUUAAAAAGGGGGUUGUAUUCAUGCCUCUGUAAUAAUUCGUAGGCUUAAUGGUAAUUUUCACGGCUCAAGUGUGCGGUUGUCAUUAAAAUGUAUUUCCUUAUUUAACAUAAAAAACUAAAUGCUUCUCUGUGACAUCUGUGAUUUUCAAAACCUGCAACGAGUUUCUAGCCCAAAGGGGGGUAUUUUCUUGAUGAUGUCAUCGAGGAGAACUUUUUCACUUUAUAUUUUUUUCUACAAAACUUAGAAAUGUGUCAUUUUCACGUAUGUUGACAUUGGUAUUGUGCUGGAGAUAAUGAACAUGAUGUUGAAAUAUUGGUGGAGUUGCCCUUUAAUACCUCCAGAGAGCUGUAUCAGGUCAUCUGACACACACCUUUGGUUUCCACCCUAUCGUCUGCACGCAAGCUGAUCUCGCUUCAGUGCUUAUUCAAUGCCCCAAUAGGAUCUAAUUUCCAUCACUGAAAGUUAGUCUUUUGUCAGUCAGUAAUACUAGACUAAGACGAAAAUGUCUGCACACUUAGUCAAUUGCCAUUUAUUUGAUCGUUUUAUAUUAGCUAAGCUGUCAGUGAAAUUGUUAUUAUUUACCUUCCUGUAUCUUAGCAACCUGUUUGGGGUGUGUGGUAGAUUUUGAUGCUUCAGUCUGUGACACUGUUUUAAUUAAUUAUUACGUAACAUAUUUAUUAUCAUCUCUGUGUUCCACUCAUCUAAUCUGUUCUCUCUCACUCUCUCUCUCUCUCAGUCCUGGACCUCCCCAUGUGCCAGGACAGUCUGGAGUCCGAAGACAAUCCCUCGGCAGUCCCCUUCUCCCUUUUCCCUGACCCUCGCCUCUGGAGCCCCAAAACAUGCCGCCUGGAGGUCAACGUCAUCCCCCGCCCGCGCCCCUCCCCCAUCCGACCCCGCAUCGACCCCUGGAGCUUCAUCUCUGCUGGGGGCGGUGGCGGAGCAUUUGGUGGUGCCCGCAGCCCCCGACGGUCAGAUAGCCACCCAUUGGGGUACCAGCCCUCGCCCACCAACCCCUUCACAAACUGUGACCCCUUCCCCUCCCCGGACUGCGACCCAUUCUCCCUGAGAGCCGACCCAUCGUCAGGCAUCACGCCCGACAUGCCCUCGCCCUUUGACCCCUUCUCGGCACCGUUCCCCACCUCCCGCUCGGCGCCCUGCUCCACUAACGGGUCCCCAACCCUGCCCACGUUCCGGGUGGCGCCCCUGAACCCGGCCGACUCGCCGCUUAUCGACCUGGGCUGGGCGGCGGUGUGCGGGGUCAGGGUCAAGCCCCUGGAGGUCACCAAAGAAAAGAUGCGACCCGGAAGGACUCUUGGACUCAAGCCCUUCAAGUCCCCCACGCAACCCAGAGACGAUCGCUUCUAA